GGUCACUGUACUGUUUACGUGAUGGCCCUCUUAGCUUUGCCAAGAAUUGUUAAUUGUGAAAUGCAUCGGGCUCGAAUAUUGCUAACAUAUUUACCGAAAUUUUCUAGAAUGCAGUUUGCUUGUAUUACUAGCAAGGAAUUUAAGGAUCCAAACAUUAAAAAGCCUGCGCCAUGGCCGUAUGAAACCAAAAAGUAUAGAUAUUGGAAUAUGUUUACUGAUGGCACGCUGAAACGCUUUGAUGAAAAUACGAAACUCAUUGUUGUUGAUGGAAAUAUUGGUGCCGGAAAAUCAUCGUUUGCAAAGCAACUCGCUGAAGCAUUUGAUAUGAAACUUUUUACUGAACCAAAUAUGGAGCCAUAUUUUGUAUCUGCUUAUGGAUAUGAUAUACGAAAGAUAGACAAGUUAUUACCACCAUCUUACAAAUGCUGUGACCUCAGUACAUUUUAUAAAAACCCUCAUCAUCCGAAUGUUCCUGCUCUGCAGUUCAGAAUGUUUAUGCUAAGACUUGAACAGUAUAUUGACGCUCUAGCUCAUUUGCUUAACACAGGACAAGGUGUUGUGUUGGAAAGAUCUGUAUAUGGUGAUAUAGUAUUUCUGGAAACAAUGUACAAAUUUGGGUAUAUUAGUGGCCCAGCUCGACAGUUGUACUUAGAUAUAAGGAAGAAUGCUGUAUUAGAGGAGUUGCUUAGACCACAUCUUAUUAUUUAUCUUGAUAUCUCUCCUGAAGUUGCCUUAGAAAGAAUCAAGAAAAGAAAUGAUCCCGCUGAAGUGAACUCAAAGGUUUUAACCAAGGAAUAUCUCGCAAGUCUAGAGUAUUAUUAUAAGCAGAUUUAUUUGAAAGAUAUGGACAAACAUGCUGAAAUUCUUGUGUACGAUUGGACCAAUUUUGGUGAUAUUGAAGUUGUUGUUGAAGACAUAGAGCAUAUUGAUUUUGAUCGAUACACCAAAUUUGAUGCAAAAUUAGAAGAUUGGCGGAAAGAGGAUGACUGGGAAUGGUGUUACUGGAGGCGACGAUUUACCAUGCAUAAAAUAACACUUCUGAACUAUGGAAACAUAUUCAGGCCCAAAGUCACAGAACUUUAUCACCCUGGAGAGGAUGUUGAAGAAUUUGAAAAUCUUAUAAGAAGGAUUCCUGGUGAAAAAUAUGCUACAGGUUUCAACCCAGAUGCAGGUGACAAUGUAUGGUUCAAAACAGAACAUAUAAGUUACCGUUUUAUUCCUCGUCCAAGAUUGUAGUAAAUCAUGUACAGUGAAUGCUUUAGUUUAAUAGUUGAAAUAAAGAAUAUUAUUUGUUA